GUGUCGUUUGCUCCUGGGUGCCUGUCGUCUGAGGGAGGAGAUUAUCCAGCUUUCUGUCACAGCUGCCUAAAUAGCAGCACUCCAUUUCUAAGAGAAAGAUAAAGGAGCAACAAACAGAUGGAGGGGGCAACAAACAGGGAAAACAAUGCCUAUGCCAAGUUUGCUGGGGCGCCACUCAAAGUUCACAAAAUCACCAACCCUUGGAGGAGUCCCACCGGUAUUCUUCCUGCUCUGAAGACCAGAGAAAAUGGUAGUGUUUCACAGCCCAGUAAGAUCAUCAUUAACCUCCGGAAACAGAAGUAUAAUGCAGACUACGACCUUUCAGCCAAGGAAGGAGCCGACACACUGGCCUUCGUCUCGCUGCUGGAAGAAAAACUGCUCCCUGCGCUGAUCUACACCCUGUGGGUGGAUGCUAAGAACUACGUGGAUGUGACGCGUCGCUGGUAUGCGGAGAACAUCACCUUCCCCCUCAACUUCCUGCUGCCCAACCGCAUGCACAACCAGCAGAUGGAGAGACUGCGGCUGGUCAGGGGAGACCCUUUCCUAGAGCCGGGAGAGGAGCUGGAGAAAGAGCUCUACCAGGAUGCUCUGGAGUGCAUGACUCUUCUCUCGCAGCGCCUGGGGUCACACAAGUUUUUCUUCGGAGAUUCGCCGUCGUCCCUGGACGCGUACGUCUUCGGCCACCUGGCUCCUCUGCUGAAGAUCAAACUACCUAACGGAAAACUCCAGAACCAUCUCACCUCUCUUGACAACCUGCGGCAAUUCUGCACCAACAUCCUCGUCCUCUACUUCCCCUCCGAUGUCCGAGAGCCACCCACUCGCAAGAUGUCCGUCCAGCCCGACGGCGGAGACUUUGACAACGAGCCCCACAAGAGACGCAACCAGUUCCUGUCUGCGCUGGUGGCCAUCGGUGCUAUGCUGGGCUACGCCAUCCUGACAGGCAUCGUCUCCCUCAAGGACAUCCGCCCCCAGGGGGCGAUAGAGAGCAGUCCUCUGAGAGAGGAAGAGGAGGAGGAGGAGGGCGAGGAAGAUGAGUAGCGGAACCAGGAAGAUGAAGAUGGUGGAGACCGUAGGGGACGGCACAGUUAGAGGGGAACAGGUGCUUGUGUGACAGACUUUAACUCGAAGGGUGGGGACUGCAGCUCUCUUCUCCCAUUCCUUUUUUUUUGUGUGUUUUUGUUUUUUAAGUUACUCUGCCAAAGAGCAACAAUAACCUCACACAUGAGUAAUCACUGGUUAAACACUAUGCCACUUGUAGAACAUGCCCUUUGUUAACUUAAUAUUAAUGUUAUUCAUUUUUUAUUUGUUAAAUAUUUUGCCAUUAUGGCUUCAUUGCUACGCUAGGGAAACACUGAUGUGAUUGUGUAUUGUACCAAAACGCUCCUCCAGAUCUUCAAACCGUAAUGGUACUGUAUACCUCUUUUUCAGAGUUUAUGUGAUUAUUUUUCGGUUCAGGUCUCAAAACACAUUGACUUAUGUUUUGUCCGGUUUUUACUCAGGCAAACAGAAUUGAUUGACUUGAUUUCAGGUCAUUAAAAAUGAAGUCAUCUUUCACAGA